AUGCGCAUCAACCAAACCAUCCUUGAGCAUCUCCAGGCCCUCGAGCCCAACGCGACAUUCUCAGGCUCAGGCUCGCGCGUACAUUCCUCAAGCGGGAAAUCCUACUUUUGCAAAAUCGGUACUUCCCUCGACACUGAGCAGUAUGCGGGCGAGGCGCGUGCUCUCGACCUGAUGCACCAAGCGGCGCGUGGCCUGGCACCACAGCUGUAUGCGUAUGGCAUCUCGGGCGGGUUUCCAUACUUCAUUUCCCAGUACCUCGACAUGGGAUCCUACUUAUCGGACCAUGCUGCACGAAGGCUAGCAAAGAGGCUGGCUACGGAGCUGCAUCAGUUCAAGGAUCCGGAGGGGAGGGGGUUCGGGUUCGAUGUGCCGACACAUUGUGGAGCGACACGGGUUGAGCGAGGGUGGUUUGGGACGUGGGAGGAAUGCUUCGGCGGCAUGAUGCGGCAGCUACUGGAUGGACUUGCGAGAAAAGGCUCAGGAGAAGUGGUGAAAGUGGGUGAUCAAGUGGUUCAGAGGGUUAUACCUGCCAUCUUGGGAAACCUAGAGGUUGAACCUGUACUAGUACACGGUGAUCUCUGGACAGGCAAUGCAGGUGUAGAUCAACAUACGGGCGAACCAGUCAUAUUUGAUCCAGCGGCAUUCUAUGGACACAACGAAUUCGAGCUUGCGAUUGCAAGAAUGUUCGGAGGUUUCCCUCCUACCUUCUUCUCUGCAUAUAAGACUCUUUAUCCACCUGCUGAACCGAAAUCAGAGUUUCAACAACGUGCAGAGCUUUAUGAGACAUACCAUUACUUGAAUCAUGCGCUUAUAUUUGGUGGGGGUUACGCCGGUCAAGCGGUCAGUCGAAUGAAGAGACUGCUGCGAUAUGUUGAUAAAGACGAGGACUCCUCAUCCGAUUGA